UUUCCAUGACCUCUUAAUGUUCUGUAUGGACCUCUAAACUUGCCGUACUGAAAGGUUCCUCUAGUUUGUCCUCAUCAGAUGUCCACUUCUGUAAGAUGUAGGUAGGAAAUCACCCGUGGCUUUGCAUUAACAAUCAUGUCGGCGAAAGGGGGUGGAUCAAGAGGAUUUUAUUUCCAUACAGUACUCUCUCUGGCCCGGUCUUUGGCGGCUAAUCGACCGGCUCCGAUUGAAAAGGUGCAAAAACUGCAAUGCAUGUGCCCAGUGGACGUACGUGGUGUGUAUCAGCUGGACGAGAGGAGGAGAGAUGCAGUCAUCGCUCUGGGGGUUUUCCUGGUGGAGUCGGAAUUACAGCACAAAGAAGCCAUUGUUCCGUACCUCCUGGGUCUGCUGAGAGGACUACCGAGGGUGCAAUGGAUUGAAGAGAACUCGGAGAGGAAGGGGAGGGACACCCUCCCAGGGGCAGAGAACUUCUGCUUCUGUCUGGUCACCCUGCUCUCAGACGUGGCUCAACAGGAUGAGGCUCUGAGGUCACAGAUUUUAGAGGCGGUGAUGAACCUCGUGCAGGUUCUGCUGGAGGCAUGCCAGAACCCGGAGGGUCAGGAUAAAGAAAACCUCUGCAGGUACACAGUGCCAUCCUUGCUGGGUGUGGUGCGGGCAUUCGGUCGCUACAGCAACACGGAGGAGCCGCUGCUGUCCAAGCUGUUCCCGCGGGGGUGCCCGCAGCCCCACCUGGGCGAGGAGGCAGAGGUGGUACGCCGGCGCUCCUUCCACGACUUCCGCUCCAUCCUGCCCAGCUCGCUGCUCACCGCCUGCCAGAGCGACACCACACGCCGCAAGACCAGCGGCAGCUCCAGCAUCUCACAGCAGGCCAGUCCAGAGCGUGGGCCACUGCCCCCCGGCUCGCCAGCUGACCCCUCUGCCCAGUACUUUGAAGGCUCCUACCUGCCAGACGGGAGUACUGUGGACCCAGACUACUACUUCUCCACCAUCAGUUCCAGCUUCUCCGUGUCCCCGCUCUUCACCGGCCACGGCCGUGAGUUCAGCGUCCCCCUGGAGGUCCUCAGGAGGCUGCUGGCCAUGGUGGAGAAGUUUGUGGCCGACUCCUUCCUCAAGACGCUGGACGCUGAGUUGGCAGAGGUCAAGGAGGAUAAUCCUGGCAUUUAUCUGUACUACAAAACCUUCAGUGAUCCACUGUACGUGGCCAUAUUUAAGAUGCUAAGAGACUCACUCUACUACAUGAAAGACCUGCCCACGUCGUUUGUGAAGGAGGUGCAUGACUUUGUGCUGGAGCAGUUCAGCAGCAGCCAGUCGGAGCUGCAGCGGAUCCUCCACGACGUGGAGUACCUGCACAGCGAGCUCAGCCCGCUCAAGCUGCGCUGCCAAGCCAACGCCGCCUGCGUCGACCUCAUGGUGUGGGCCGUCACCGAGGAGCAAGGAGCGGAGAACCUGUGCACCAAACUGUCGGAGAAACUGCAGUCCAAGACGUCCAGUAAAGUCAUCAUCGCCCACAUGCCCCUUCUCAUCUGCUGUCUACAGGGUCUGGGUCGUCUGUGUGAGCGUUUCCCGGUGGUGGCCCACUCCGUCACCACCUCUCUCAGGGACUUCCUGGUGGUCCCUUCUCCAGUGCUGGUCAAACUCUACAAAUACCACAGCCAGUACACCACAGGAACUGGAGAGAUCAAAAUCCACGUCACCAACGAGCAUGCCGUGUCCACAUUUAACGUCCACCACCACAAGAAGAGCCAGCCCACCAUGUAUGAGCAGCUCAGAGAUAUCUCCAUAGACAACAUCUGCAGGUCUCUGAAAUCAGGAUUGACCAUGGACUCCGUGAUUGUGGAGGCCUUCCUGGCCAGCUUGUCUAAUCGUCUUUACAUCUCCCAGGAAAAUGACAAGGACGCUCACCUGAUCCCGGACCACACCAUCCGUGCCCUGGGCCACAUCGCCGUGGCGCUCAGGGAGUCGCCGCGGGUGAUGGAGCCCAUCCUGCAGAUCCUGCAGCAGAAGUUCUGCCAGCCGCCCUCCCAGCUCGACGUGCUCAUCGUGGACCAGCUGGGCUGCAUGGUCAUCACCGGAAACCAAUACAUCUACCAGGAGGUGUGGAACCUGUUCCAGCAGAUCAGUGUGAAAGCCAGCUCCAUGGUCUAUUCCACCAAAGACUACAAAGACCAUGGAUACAGGCACUGCUCCCUGGCGGUGAUCAACGCGCUGGCUAACAUCGCGGCCAACCUGCAGAACGAGCAGAUGGUGGACGAGCUGCUGGUCAACCUGCUGGAGCUGUUUGUGCAGCUGGGCCUGGAGGGCAAGAGGGCCAGCGAGAGGUCCAGCGAGAAGGGAGCCGCACUCAAGGCAUCCAGCAGUGCUGGGAACCUUGGCGUCCUUAUUCCAGUCAUCGCAGUGCUGACCAGGCGUUUGCCACCGAUCAAGGAGGCCAAGCCGAGGCUCCAGAAGCUCUUCAGAGAUUUCUGGCUCUACUCUGUGGUCAUGGGCUUUGCAGUGGAGGGCUCUGGGCUGUGGCCAGAGGAGUGGUAUGAGGGGGUGUGUGAGAUCGCCACCAAGUCUCCGCUCCUCACCUUCCCCAGUGGUGAGCCCCUUCGCUCUGAGCUGCAGUACAACUCCGCCCUCAAGAACGACACCGUCACCCAGGCGGAGCUGAAUGACCUGAGGAGCACCAUCAUCAACCUGCUGGACCCUCAGGCCGAGUCGGCCGCCCUCAUCAACAAGCUGGACUUCGCCAUGUCCACCUACCUGCUGUCCGUCUACCGGCUGGAGUACAUGAGGAUGCUACGCUCUCAAGACUCUGAUCGCUUCCAGGUCAUGUUCCGAUACUUUGAAGACCGAGCCAUCCAGAAGGACAAAUCAGGGAUGAUGCAGUGUGUCAUUUCUGUGGGUGACAAGGUCUUUGAGGUCUUUCUUCAGAUGAUGGCGGAGAAGUCUAAGACCAAGUCCCACGAGGAAGAGCUGGAGCGCCAUGCCCAGUUCCUGCUGGUCAACUUUAAUCACAUCCACAAGCGCAUCCGCAGGGUGGCUGACAAAUACCUGUCUGGACUGGCUGAGACUUUCCCCCACCUGCUGUGGAGCGGCCGUGUGCUGAAGACCAUGCUGGACAUCCUGCAGACGCUCUCGCUGUCCCUCAGUGCUGAUAUCCACAAAGACCAACCGUACUACGACAUCCCAGACACCCCUCACCGCAUUACUGUACCAGACACAUACGAGGCCAGAGAGAGUAUUGUGAAGGACUUUGCUGCUCGUUGUGGGGAGAUUCUGAAGGAGGCCAUGAAGUGGGCCCCAUCUGUCACCAAGUCCCAUUUACAGGAAUACCUAAACAAGCACCAGAACUGGGUCUCGGGUCUGUCCCAGCACACAGGCUUGGCCAUGGCCACAGAGAGCAUCCUGCACUUCGCUGGCUACAACCGCCAGAGCACCACGCUUGGGGCUACGCAGCUGACGGAGAGGCCGGCCUGUGUGAAGAAGGACUACUCAAACUUUAUGGCCUCUCUCAACCUCCGGAACCGUUAUGCUGGAGAGGUUGCCGGGAUGAUCAACUUUGCGGAGGCGACACGCAGCACGUCGGACCUGAACCGCCUGAUGAUGGGGCAGCUGAACUCAGCUCUGGACAGCGGGCAGCCCGAGGCCUUCACCGAGUCCAUGUUCAAACUGGCUGCUCUGCUCAUCAGUGCCAAAGAGUGUGACCCCCAGCUGCUGCACCACCUGUGCUGGUCUCCUCUGAAGAUGUUCACGGAGCACGGUAUGGAGACGGCCAUCGCCUGCUGGGAUUGGCUACUUGCCGCCCGCACCGGAGUGGAGGUUGCGUUCAUGCGUGAGAUGGCGGGAGCGUGGCAGAUGACCGUGGAGCUGAAGAUGGGGCUGUUCUCCGAUGCCCAGGUGGAGGCCGACCCGCUGGCCGCCUCCGAAGAGUCUCAGCCGGUGCCCUGCCCCCCUAACAUCAACCCUCACCACAUAUGGAUCGAGUUUCUCAUGCAGAGGUUUGAGAUUGCCAAGUACUGCAGUGUGGACCAGGUGGAGAUCUUCGGCUGUCUGCUGCAGCGCUCGCUCUCCCUCAACGUGGGCGGGCCCGACAGCAGCCUCAACCGCCACGUGGCCGCCAUCGGACCUCGCUUCAGGCUGCUGUCUUUGGGUCUGGCUCUGCUGCAUUCAGACAUGGUCACCAAUGCCACCAUCCGGAACGUUCUGCGAGAGAAGAUCUACUCCACAGCUUUCGACUACUUCAGCGCCUCUCCCAAGUUCCCCACACAGGGGGACAAGCGUCUGCGCGAGGACAUCAGCAUCAUGAUCAAGUUCUAUUCCAGCAUUCUGUCGGACAAGAAGUACCUGGCUGCCUGCCAGCUGGUGCCACCUGGUGAGCUUGGCGCCAAUCCCCCCCCGAGCACCCUCUCUGCCGGGAUUUUCGGAUCGCUAAUUGUUUCCAGCACUUCUCCGAUAUCGAUGCUGAGUAAGCCUCUCUUGCUACCGCUGUGGGUCGCCGCUGCAACUAUGGCGGGAGCAUGUAUUUUUUUACCUGGGCCAAAUUUGCUGCCCGAUGAGUGGCAAAUUUGAAAUAUAAUUUUUAAAAAGCCCAGACGUAAAAAAUAAAUUCAAAAAUGCACGACCAUCAUCAAGCUCCUUCCUGGUUUGUCAAUUUGUCGCUUGGAAACAAAUUGAGAAACGGGUAUGAGAGAGAGGUAC